CUGUUCAUUAUGAUUUGCUAAUUUUUUUGAGUGUUUAUCAUUUGCCUAACUGUUUUACAAUGACGUCCAUUGAGCGUAAUGACUAACAGUUGCCCAGAUAAUAGGAGCGACUGCUCGGCUGGUUUACUAUUGUCUGUGUGUGCGCACACACGUACCAAUUGAGCAUUUGUGUACAAACACUUAGGAUAAUAGAUGCUGGGUAGAAGAGCUAGUCAGCGUGGAUAAGAUCACAAGAGGAAUGAUUCAGAAAUACAAGGACCAGAAACACCUUAAGCGGUAAAAACUCAACUGAGAACGCUUAAAUAACAUCGUAAAGCAGGGUGACAGGAAGUGACUGUGCAACCUAUAAACACCGAGCAUCUCUGCUUCAGCUCACUAUUUAGCAUCCAGCUCUCCGGAUAAACUCCAUCAUCAAGGCCUUAUAUCUACUUUGAUAUCCAAACAUGGCGACAACGCAGAAGACCACAGGAUUCACAAUGGUCCACUCCACCUCCCCAGAGUUAAAUAUUUCACUCGCACCGACUACCUUACAUCCAACUGGGGCUUCAGAGAUCAGCUGCUUAAUUGAUCCCCAGCUGGUGUUUAUUGUGGCCGCUUCUAUUGGAGGCAUCAUCCUGAUCUUACUAAUAACCACCAUAGUGUUGGCAUGUAACAUCUCCAAACUAAAACGUCGCCACCUGGCCCCUCGUCCAUCUCGAAGCAACGCAGAUCUAGUGAGUGGGGCGGGCUACUGGGGAACGGAGAGAAGAGAGGGAGACAUCGUGGGCCAGUGUGAAACCAGCGUUCUUCUAGAGGAAGUCAAGACUGACGGGGAGGAAGAGGAAAUCCAGGAUGGAAAAGAAGAGGAGAUCCAGGAUGGGGACGCAGGGCCGAGCCAGUAUAUCUCUACUACAAACAGCUCUCAAAACUCUGAAUGUGUGCAAACAACUAUCCAGAGCUCAGCAUCCAGGGAAUCCUGCAUAGAUCCCAUAAACUUGGAGAACAUGCCUCUAAUGGUGUAAAGCAAGAUGGGAUGGUUUUUUUGAAUAUGGGGUCAGAUCUGGAGACAAUUAGCGUGAUAUGGUAUCAGUGGCUAGUCAUGGUAUUUUUUAGACCAUUUUUGUUAUUUUUUUCUUUUUCUUAUACUCAAAUCUUUAAAAAAAGCAAAAAAUUCCUAUAGUUUAGUUUAGCAGUGACUAAAUAUAUGGUGGUAACAAAAAGACACAAUUUUAAGCUUAAUUUAACAUAUUACGUAGUUUAUAACAUGGAACUAACUAUGAACAUCUGUUAAUUCUGGCAAGGACAUUACUUCUAAAUGAAAGAAAAUCUAGAUUUAAUGAGACACAUGCUCAGUAAAUAACAAUAUGACAAUAAUGCAAACAAAGUGUUUUCACAGAUAAUUAAAGCUGAAAUUUUUCUUAUGUAAAUCCUUUGUCCGAGCCAAUUUCUAUGUGCAUAGGCAACACAAACUAAUUCAUACAAUUGAAAAAAUAAUGGUGCUUAAAGUAUUCUUCAAGGAGAUCCCAUAGAAGAACCACUUUUGGUAUCUGAAGAAACCAUUCAAGUCAAAGGUAGAAAUGCACCGAUAUAUCGGCUAAUAAUUGGCAAAAAGGAAUUUUUUACACUAUCGCCUGCAAUAAAUUGUAAAGAAACAAUGUAAAGAAACAUCACUAGUUUAAUGUUCAAUAUUAAAGAGCACCUAUUUCAUUGCGUUGUUUUAUUUAUUUGGUAGAAUACAAUGUGUUUGUGUGGUUUAUGGAUAAAAAACACAUUAUUUUCAAGAUACCAUACAUUUUUAUAGCUCCAGAUUUCACUCUCUUCCUGAAACGCACAGAUUUGAAAAGCUUGUUGUUGCUGAUUGGCCAGCUAAUCUGUACAUUGGGAUUGGCCUGAAUAUCUCUGAGGUUAGCCGGAAAUGUGACGCUCCUUACCAUGUUUGAAAGAGUCGGUCACAAUGCAAUGCUGACAGGAGUUAACUUACAGGCUGUGAGUCCAAGCGGGAGGAAUUAUGAUAAUGUCGGUCUUGUCUACAUCACCAAUCCCAGGAAGUAAACUGUUGCCUACAAUCCGUGAGUUGUAGUCCAAGAAAAAAAGAUUUACGUUGGAGACGAUAACUCGGAUCAUCAUUUACUUUGGGGGUUUGUACCUUUUGCAUAUGGUGCAACAUGUACUAAUACACACAAAUACACACCAAAGGAAAUGUAAAAUCGUGAAUUGGACAAUAGGUGCCCUUUAAUGGUCAUUAUAUGAAUGAAUUACAUUCAGAAAAUGUAAUCUUCAGAAUUAAGUUAAUGCAAGGUUACUACCAAACUAUUGGUAUCGGCAGAUAUCUGUCUGAAUAAUCGGCUAUCGGUAUCGCUGAAAAAAAUGUAUUAUUGGUGCAUCUCUAGCCAAUGGUUUUUAAAAGAUUCAUUUCUUAGCUUUAUAUAACUACAAAGAACUUUUUAACCAAAUAGGUUCUUCAUGGACCAUUUAGCCAAAAACGUUUCCUCUUUGGCAUCGUGAAGCACCUUUAUUUUUUCAAGUGUAAAGGGUUCAUUAUACUUCUGCGUAGGGCCUACGCUAUAGCCUCGAUGCAGUAGGCUACCCGUCGGUUUUCAUUUCUACUUCUGCGUCGCUAUUCGCAUCGAUGUGCAAUUAAACACGCAGACCGCUAGUAGGCAAUAGUAGGGCCCUAUAAUUUCCGCGAUCACGGAAUCGCGGACGGAAUCGCGGAAUUGGCAGAUUAACACGGAAUCUAGUAUUAACGCGAAAUUUCGCUGAAUUUUACAUAUUUUGAAUAAAAUUAUGUUUUUGUGUGGGAGACGAACGUAUGUCUGGGGAAAAUGCAGACCGAGGGAAGUAAAUCUGGGCGACACACCCCCUCCCGUCGUUUCAGACACCCUCCAAAACACUGAAACCAUGUGGAUCUGCUUUCGUCAGCGAAAAAAUUAAGAAAUUGGACGCUAAGCAUUUAGUUCUGAGCAGUUCUCACAUGACUUUUAUGUGACCGGAGAACUGUUAUUUUGUAAGUUUUGGCAACAUUCUGUUCACGGUGAGCGCAAAGAUGCAUGCACUCUCUCAUCCACGUCUGUCUCACUGUACGCGCUCUGCUUUGACACCUUGUUGUAGCAUUCUGCAACAAUACUAAACAAUGCAUUGAAUUGAGUUGUGUGUGUGUGUGUGUGUGUGGGCGGGCGCGCGUGUGUGUGUGAGUGCGCAUGUGUAUGUGCGUGUGUGUGUAAAGGCAUGUUUUACAGUCAUUAAGUAAUCGUGUUAUCCAGUUUUUCCCCAAAUCAUUUACAUUUUAAUCAUUAACAUCAAAGGCACACUCUUUGUAUGACUAAAAUAACAGUAAAGGGUAAAUAAAAAUAAUUGCCAAAAAUUAAAACGGAUAAAACGGAAUUUGCACAUAUUAAAACUGAGAAAACGGAAUUUGGGAAAAAAUAAAACGGAAUUUGGGAAAAUAUAAAACGGAUUUUAUAGGGCCCUACAAUAACCAUGCGUGUAAAACACCAUAGCAGAAGAAAAAGCUAGAAAAAGUAACAUGCCCAGUAAACCCACAAACAUAGAAGAAGCUUGUGUAUGUCAUUUUAGAAGACCAGCUGUGAUGAAGGUAAAUAAACAGCGAAUAUUAUUGCAGUUUGAGUUAAAUAUCCCAUUUCAACUUGGGCCAUCUUUGUUUUUAGCAGAAAUUUGUGUUAGGAAAUGCCGCACAGAUCUUUUUGACCUGAUGGGAGGGAUUCUAGCAGACCAAUCAGAGCAUUUGCGGAGCAUUGACACGCUGUAACAUUUUGGAAGAGGUGCACGUCAUGCUAUGCCUAUGCUAGGCUACUGCGUAGGGUUCGAGUCUCUGCGUAGGCUACGCCGUUAAAUCGACGCAGAAGUAUAAAGCCCGCUUAAGCCCCCAAACGGUGUAUACAUCAAACUUGCAGUAAAAAACAGCUAGACGAUGCAACAUUGGCUCAACCAAAGAGUUUGGGAAAAUCUGGACAUGAAAGGUGUGUCACUUUCUUCCAAUAUUAUAUUUAUAACAUGAUUUGCCAGUAAUAGCCAAGAAGUUUGAAAGCAGCAUAUGUGUUUUUUUAAGACCUAGUAAAGUUUGGCAGUAGCAUUCUGCUUCCAAACUCUAGAACACUGAAUGAUUUGCUUUGAAGGGCCUUGCCCACCCUUGUCACUCUCUGAGCUCCUUAUUUGUACUUUAACGUUAAAUAAAAUGCUAACAAAUAAAGAAAACAGUGUACCUAAUUAUUUUCAGAUAAAACUGUGCUUUAUGCAUGUAUUCUUUCUCAAUAACAAUUACAGAUAAACUCCAUUUCUAAGAUUUGCAUUUAAAAGAAGCUUUAAAUUUAAAAAGGAACUUCUAAGAAGAAUUACGAAAAAAGAGACAUGAGAUCAUUUCCUCUCACAUGACUUCUGCCCUGCUAAAUAUUUUCUUAAACUUGCUUUCCCAAUUACUCCAGUUUUGAUUAAGUCAGCUAAUAAACAUUUAAUUAUAGAGCCAGAAUACUGAUAUAGUUCUCAUACGCAGAUCAAAAACCCUUGCUUUCACAACGUUACCACAGACUCUUUCCUCAUAGAUAAAACUCGUAUUAGCAGAAAACGAACGCAACCAUUUCAUAGCUUUCAUUUCCUGUUGAGUGAAGGUUCCGUAUAUUCAUCAGAUCACACUUCGCUCUUAAGCAAAUGCAUCUGAGGCUGUCUGGGUAUGGAUAUAUUCUCCUGAUUCAUUUCUCAUAAGCCAACAAUUUAAUCUUUCUUUGGAAAAAUCUCAAGUGUCCCAUAAAAACAACAUGAGGUCGAUUUCAUGCCCACUUGUCGUCGUCUUCCUCUUCUCACUGCCAUGGAGACCGAACGGUAAUUUAACGGCAGGCGCAAAUAUCAAGAGGAACAACGAGCACAUCGCUGACCAUCAUAGUCUUAAACACACAACAGAACGGCUGUCAGGACUGAGGCACUACUCUCUUGAUGCUGAAAAAGAAAACGUGGUUUCACUUUCAAGAAGCAUGGAGAUGCAACAUCUCACAGGAACAAGUGAAUCAGAGCAUCAAGGCCUCCACGUGGGGACUUUCAGUGCUCACGUACUGAAUCAGAGGGGGAAGAGAGAUACAAAUGGCACAAGACAACACCUGCAAACCAAACCAACGGAAACUACGGAAAGCAUCCUCACACAACAGGCUAUCCGAAAUACUACAAAAUUUAUGCCAUCAAAUAAUUCAUCUAAACAAAUUGAGGCAGAUACUGCACAACAGGGGAAUGCAACCAGAGAGCCUUUAGUUGCAAUGCAAGACAAGACACGGGAAACACCCUUAAUAUUAAAUCCCACUACCCUCAGUUAUACUACUCAGCCAAGUGUAGCAGACACAGAGAGCAACACAACCACUGCAAGUAGUAACCUUCAUACUGUAACCCAAACACGGGAGGCUACAGUCCAGCCCAACCAAGUGACUCACACCUCCACAGUAAGAUCUGUGACAGAUUUGAUCAAAACCACACAAAGGAAAAAAAUCACAGAGAAACGGCCUCCACCUACGAUCAAGCCAGUGGAGAGAACCACAACCACUCUGAAGACCACCAAAAAGAAAGUGGUCCCUCCACCUAAUAACAACCAACAAAAGAGCCCAGGUCCUAUCGUGGCGUCUAUAAUUUGCACUACAUUGGUAUUAAUGUUCAUAGGGAUCAUAUACAUCUUGGUCCGGAAACGAAAAAUCCAGAAAAAGCAGCUGGAAAAUAGCGAGUGGGCCGGGCCCUCGCCAUUUCUGGAUGGCGAACUUCAACCUGACGUGCCGGCCACUGUGGAGUCCGAGUCCGUCAACAGACGAGGCUUUGGCCAGAUCUCCAUUUCCAAAUACCUUCCCCAACGACUAUCCAAACACCUGACACUUCGGAGGGAUACGGACGAGGAAGUAUUCAUGGGGGAUAUACUGCAAGGAAGCACCUUUGGCAGACAAAUUCCGGACGAGGUCAAAGGCACGAACGGGGAACAAACACUGGUUCGAGACUUGCCGGAGACAGAGGAAAGUCAAAACCAUCAAGCUCCAGCUUCUGUUGACUCCACAGACACUAAAAUCCCAGCAGUAACGGUGGAUAUCAAAGAAUCAGGCGAACUGAAUGAUGAUCUCCCUAAAUCUUCUCCUCAGGACCCUGUGGUUAAACCACUGCACCCUUUAGUGUCUAUAGAUCUUGAUUCGCUUUCAGAAGACAUAGCUCCUACACAAAUAUCAAAUGUUGGGAAUGUUCCUCCCGCUCCACCGCUGCCAUAAUCUCAAUCUAACAGACAAUCUUCACUGCUAAAAAACCACUCAAAUGGAGAAAACCAUCAGACUCAUAUUUAUAAUGACAACUAAUCGAACGCAGAUGUUCUUGGUAGGGCUGCAUAACGAUUAAUCGCGACUAAUCGUUUGCAGAAUAAAAGUUUUUAAUUUACAUUAUAU